GAUAACGGGUGCCACCGAAACAUCGCCGUCCACAACGUCUCCCCCCCCCUCCCUCCCCUCCCGCCGGGCGCCGCGGCGAUUGACGCCUUAACCGCGCGUCUCUUUCAUCCGGAGGGAGCGAAGGCGAGAGCGUGGAAUAGCGACCUAACCUGGCGGCGAUGAUGGCUCACUGUGGAAUGAUCCCGGUGUCUGACCGCGAUGGAGCCGACCGCGCUCAAGUGGAGCUAGCUAGCUAGCGAGCUAGCGAGGGAUUCACCCACAGCUCCCCGGACAACGUCGCCUAAAUGGGUCUGAUAGCGGUUUUAACGCGAGGGGGUUGUUGAAAAAAAUAAAUCAAAUAUCAACACGUUCCCGUUAUAUUUGGCAAAACAAGGACUGGCCAUGUCUACCACUAGGAAAAGGGCUACUUUAUUGCUUUAGGUUUGCUGCUUCAACACGUUUAGCCUUUUGCUAUCUUUGGAUGCUUCCGUGACCAUAUUAAGGCGGAGAGGAUCACGAUGGCCCAGCUGGUGGACGAGGCCGGGAAACUGGGCUGGGUUCUGCUCAAGUCGGUGCUGCGCUUCGUGUUCAUGUUCCUCAAUAACUGUGUGGCCAUCCCGUCCUACUGCCUCUGCCUGCUGGUGCUGCAGCCGCUGAGAAUAUGGCACCGGUUCACUUUCUGGCAGCUGGAAGGAAUGAUGUUUAAAUGGAUGCUGGCCAUGGUGUCGUCCUGGGGUUGGCUUGCAGGUUACACGGUAACGGAGUGGGGUGAUGAUGUGCGGCCCAUCUCUGAAGACGAAGCCAUGGUCAUUGUCAACCAUCAAUCCACGGGAGAUGUGUGCACGCUCAUGAUGUGCCUGCAAGACAAGGGCACGGCGGUACAAAAAAUGAUGUGGUUGAUGGACCAUGUGUUCAAAUACACAAACUUUGGCCUCGUGUCGCUCAUCCAUGGGGACUUCUUCAUCAGACAGGGUAAAGCCCACCGAGACAAGCAGUUGAUCUACCUUAAGGAUCACCUAGACAAAUACUACCACAGCCGCGACAGGAAGUGGAUAGUGCUGUUCCCCGAGGGCGGCUUCCUGCGCAAGCGGAGGGAAACCAGCCAAACGUUUGCCAAAAAGCAUUCGCUCCCCCACCUGACCCACGUCACGCUGCCUCGCCUCGGAGCCACCCAGGUCAUCCUGAAAACUCUUUCAGCCCAGCAUGAGAACGGCAGCGUGGGCAACGAGAGCGGAACCUCCAACCAGACAGCUAAAAAGCGUAAAGGCCUGCAGUGGGUGAUAGAUGUGACCAUAGCUUAUCCCAAAGCACGGCCCAUGGAUAUUCAGACAUGGAUUUUUGGAUACAGGCCGCCGACAGUCACUCAUGUCCACUACAGGAUGUACCCUAUUAAAGAGGUUCCUGUCAAGGAGGAAGCUCUGACGGCCUGGCUGUAUCAGAGGUUUGUGGAGAAAGAGGAGUUGCUGGCCCACUUCUACGACACAGGUGCGUUCCCGCCUCAGGACGGAGAGAGGCACGCGGCCUCCCGGCAAAUGACCCUUGACCCCGUGUGGCUGUGCGUGGUCCAGUCGUUGGCGUUCGUCUCCGGCCUGGUGUGGUACAGCGCCCUGCAGCACCUCUACUGCUGCCUGUUUUGAGGACGCCGACGAGGCCAGCAGGUAGCGCCUGGGGAUCGGAUGGCCCCUCCCCCUUUCCGUGGAUGAAUGUACAAUACCGGCGAGACUAAAACCCUGCGGGGGUUUGGGGAGGCCGGGGGGGCGGGGGGGGGGGGGGACCACAUUUAUGAAUUUACAGCCCUCACACAUCACAGCUGUCAUGUUGAUGUUUACACAUACACACGGUCAUACAUUUGAAGUCAAAGACUCAGGACUCCUUCCGUCGUAGUUCCAUAAAGUGAGAGUCGUCCGCCUCGUUCGGUUCUUUCCAGGCGGACCAAACGGACGCCGUGCCGCACCCCCCCCCCCCCCUCCCCCCUCCUUGGCCCACUUUGCACUAACUGCUCCCAAUCCCAGGAUGUAUUCCUGAACGGUAGCUGCCUAGAUUCUAUGAUUUCUCCACCACCACCACAGCAGCCAGCCAGCCAGCACACUUUCUUUGUGGUAGUUUUUGUUUUGGAGCUGAUGUGGCGGCGAUGAUGUUUACACUGGCAGCUCAACAGCAUCCAACUGGAAGGGGCGAAGGAGAUGAGGCGCGUGCCGACUGAGAGGCUUUUUGUCAUCCCCGCCCUGCAUACUUUGACACUGAUUUAAAGCCAUGUAUGUUCCCGUCAAACAUAUUCGCAUUGGAAAAGCAAAGCUUUGAGAAAUGGCAUCAGUACCUUUUUCUUUUUUUCUCCACCUUUCCCCCCCCCCCCCCAUGAUUUAAUAUGCUUCAUGUGGUAUUACAAGUUUGAUUUGAUUUUUAAUGAGACAAAUCCUCUGUACAUAACAUAACUCCAAAUGGCAGCAACAUCUCUCAAAGUCUGUGAAUAAUCCCCACACCACUUUUCUUUUCUUUCCCCCCCACCCAGGACAAUGAUUUGUCAUUUGGUAAACGAAUACAGUGUUGUUGGUUUUUGAGCAGGACGUUUUUAGAGAUCCGGUGUGAACCUCCAACUGUUGUAAGCCUCGGCCAACAUACUAGGAGACCACAUUCCCAAGACAUGCAGUAAUCCGUUUGGGCCGACGGUUCCAAAGUGGCGGAGCUGAAAUUGGGCCAGCGAGGACAAGGAGUGACGGUACUGCUGAUGUUUUAUUUUUGUUUGGGUUGACUUAUUUGUCAUUUGCUUAGCCAAAUUUUAUUUGAGAAAAAAUAUUGUUCUUAUUAUUAUUAUUAUUAGAAGUUCAGCAGUUGUUAUUACUAAAAAAAAAGAAAAAGAAAUGCAUUUAAAAUGCGUUGUUUUGUUGCAGGCCUCAAUUCUGUGUCACUGUCAGCAGAAAGUGUGUGAAAUGUAAAAACAAAAAAAAACAAAACAAAAAAAAAGGGGGGGAAAAGAAAUGCUUCCUAACUUAGCUGGUUUAAAAAAAAACAUUUUAAAAAAUGUUGUGUGUCAUUCACUGGCCCUUUUCAGAUGUUUUUUUUGUUUUUUUUAAUUACAGUGUGUUUCCAAAGAAAGGCAGGGAAGUGAUGUUUUCCUAGAUGUGGUUUUAGGAAAUAAACACAAUAGGAAUUAAAACAAAUGAUAUUAGAUCUGUCUGUAAUUUUCCCAUUUUGUACUUCUCCUUUCAAUUCCUAGUUACACAGCCAUUUUACAACACAAAAACUUGUGCUGGAAUAAAACAUCAAAUAUCCCAAACGU